CACGUGUUGCGUUGCGCGUGCGGCGUCCUGGCUGUCGGUUCGAGUACGCACCGUACUCUGACCCAGAGGAGAGAUCGGAACCGUCGCGUCGGACUUUCCCAUGUCUGACACACGUUAACGAGAGCACUUUGUGUCGAAGUAUUUCCAAGGCAGGCGGACUGAAGGUGACGGGGUGCCAUGCCAGCUGCUGCUCCCCUGUUGCUGCUCCUCGCCAUCUUGUGGUGGCCUCUGGUAUUGCCUCCGGCCCACGGUCAACUUCAGGGCCCCCCAACGUUCACCCCCUUCAAUGACUCCCGUCUCAAUCACCUUCUCAUCGACCACCCCUCGGGUCACAUCUACGUGGGGGCGGUCAACAUGCUUUAUCACUUGUCAGCAGAUUUGCAGCUGCUCUCCUGGGGCAAAACGGGACCCAAACUGGACAGCCCUGAUUGUCUCCCACCCAUCGACCAUGUCGAUUGCACCCUAGCAGCAACCACGGACAACACCAACAAACUUCUACUGCUAGAGCAGGUUCAAGGAGGGCAGCCUCUGAGCCUCAUAGUGUGCGGGUCAGUCCUGCAGGGGAUCUGCGAGAAGCGGAGCCUCGAGAACGUCUCUCAGAUCCUGUACAAGACCGACAACCCCGUGGACACUCAGUAUGUGGCUGCAAACAACGAUCGCGUGACAACAGUGGGCGUGGUGGUGCAGCAGAAAGGUGUCCUGCUUAUGCUCGUUGGCCGGGGAUUCACCAACAAAGGAGGCAUUCCUCCAAUAACGAUGAGACGUUUAGCCCCAGUCGCCCACCACUCGGCACCAGCGUUCUCUCACGAAGAACUCGGUAAACUGGUCGUCGGUAGCUACUCGGAGUACAACAAUCACUUCGUGAAAUCAUUCCAACACAACAAUUACAUCUACUUCGUUUUUUAUCGCCGUGACGUGUGGGGCAAACGAGAGUACAGGACGUACGUUUCAAGACUUUGUGCGGGCGACCCUAAUUUCUACUCUUACGUCGAGGUGCCGCUUGCUUGCGGCGGAGGAUACAAUCUGGCACAGGCGGCCACGCUUGGCACGCACCGUGAACAUCCCUACCUGUUUGUGGCUAUGGCCACAGGGCAACCAUCCACACCGACACCCAAAGAGAGUUCGGCUCUUUGUGUCUACAAGGUGGAAGAACUGGAUCAAGCCCUGCACGAUGCCCAGCUCUUGUGUUACACACAGGAGGGCAAGGAUUCCAAUAACCAGGAAAAGGCCUACAUCGAGUAUGAAGUGUCCUCUAGCUGUCUUAAACUCCCGCGGAAUUCAGUGAAUGAGUACCCAUGUGGUGGAGAACACACGCCCAGCCCCAUCGCCAGCGCAAUUGCUCUCGAGACCACGCCUGCUUUCUCCUGGAUCCCACCCAUCACUGCUGUCACCACGGCGACUGAGGUCGGCCACACCAUCGUGUUGUUGGGAGACAAAAGUGGACGGCUGCACAAGGUGUUCCUCCAUGCAAACGGUACAGGCACCAAAUACGCCACUGUGGAAGUGGAUAGCGAGAGCGCCAUUAACGCUGACCUACUCUUGGACAAAACCAAACAGAAUGUCUACGUGCUAACUGACAAAAAGGUUACAAAGCUCCAUGUUGCGCAGUGCGAGAAGCAGUUGGACUGCCACACCUGUCUGUCGAACAGAGAUCCCUACUGCGGCUGGUGUUUGCUGGAGGGCAGAUGCACGCAGAAGAUGGACUGUGCGCGACACGCUCAACCACACCACUGGAUCUGGAGCUACGGCCACGAGCGUCAGUGUGUGUCCAUAGAGAACAUCACACCUGCCAUCCAAAGCAGAGAAGAGCAAACAGAGGUCUCUUUCACAGUCCUUCAGUUGCCGGUCCUGUCAAAAGAUGAGUCUCUAUCUUGUGCUUUUGGGAGUUUGGCUGCUCAACCUGCGGUUGUCAUGGAGAACAGAAUCACAUGUCAAUCACCGGCGCCCAAGGAGCUCCCCCCCAGCCUGCCAGGCAACGAUCACGUCUCUGUCCAGAUGGCACUGAAGUUUGGAGACGUGACUUUCUCGCACACAAACAUCACCUUUUAUGACUGCAAAGCGGUCGGACGGCUCAAUGUUACUUCACCGUGUAUGGCGUGUGUUAGCAGCAUGUGGCCGUGUCACUGGUGUGUAAAGGAUGAACUCUGCGCUAAUGAGAAGAGCUGUCCCAGCCAGCAUAUCAUCUAUAACAGCAGGGAAGAGUUAACGCCCCGUGGAUCUGACUCUUGCCCCUGCGUGUGGGCUCUGGAGACCUCACCUCUGGUUCCUGUCGGCUUUGACACCGAGCUCUCUCUGCAGGGCAAAAACCUGGACCUAUUCGAGGAUGAGGAAGAUUACAAGUGCGUGCUGGUCAUCGAAGGCCAGGAGCUCGAGUUAGCGGCCACGCUGGACCGCAGCGAAGAGACGGGGGCGCAUGUGUUCAAGUGCGCAGCUCAUCAGUUUCAGUACUCAGGGAAGCAGUUUGAAUAUUCUGCACCGAUAUAUCUGCAAUGGGGCACGCAACGUAUAGAUUCAGCGCCACAUCUUCGCCUGCAGCUGUACAACUGCGCAGUGGGGCAGUCCGACUGCAGUCAGUGUCACGCGGUCGCAGAGAGUUACGGGUGUGUGUGGUGUGCUGAUGAAGCACCUGGUUGUGUGUACAACCAAUCGUGUGCCAGUGGAACGGUGGACACCUGUCCUCCCCCUCUUAUUACACAGGUGGAACCGCUGACCGGGCCACUGGAGGGCGGCAUUUUGCUGACGAUCCAGGGCUCGAAUCUCGGCCAGAGCUUCCAGGACAUCCAGGCCGGAGUGACGGUGGCAGGGGUCUCAUGCAGGCCUCUCCUCGAGGCUUACCGGAUUUCCACAAGCAUCGUGUGUGAGCUGCUGGCGAGCCCAAACGUGUCCGCUGGGCCGGUCGUCAUCACAGUAAGAGGCUCAGAAAGAGGAGAAUCCCAGCAGACGUUCUCAUAUCAGGACCCACGGCUAAACAGGAUUGUGCCUGACAGGGGACCUUUAGCGGGAGGCACGAUGCUCACCAUUCAUGGAUCUCAACUGCUGACGGGACAGAGAACGGAACAAAGAAGCGACGAAAUCACAGGCCUCCAAGCUUUCGUGGGCUCACAGACCUGUCGCAUAGAUGGAGUGAGUGACACUUGGCUGAUCUGUCGAACCAGUCACUCAAACCACACUGGAAAAGUGCCAGUCAAGGUGAUAUUUGGAAAAGCAGAGAGGAUUGUGGGCAGUGUCCUUUUCAGUUAUAUGGAAGACCCGGUUAUUACUGAUGCGACCCCUACAGAGAGUUUCUACGGGGGGGGACGUGCUGUAGGUGUGACUGGACAAAACCUUAACGUCGUCCAGCAGCCGAAGAUGUCGGUCUCCUUUGAGCAGAGACACGCUUCUGAAGUCAGAAAACGCAGAUAUAGUCACGUCUCUGUCAGGAGUCCCCUGAAAACGAGACAGGAGCCUUGCACCAAUGUUACCUGGGAGCGGAUGAUUUGCAGGACCCCCUCCGUGCCGCCGGACUCGCGGAUCACGCGAGUGUGGUUUGAGAUGGACAACGUGCACAUCGACUUCAAAACCAUCAAGAACAAAGAAUUCGUAUACUACCCGAACCCAGAAUUAUUCAAGCUGAACAGCGAGGCUCCGGGAACUGCCAUUCGCUUCAAACCCGGCGGAGUCCUGGCAGUAGAGGGGAAGGGUUUGACACUCGCCAUGAGCAGAGAAGAAGUUCGGGCUCGGCUUGGAAAUGAAGAGUGUGACGUAAAGACUUUGGAUAACACCCAUCUGUACUGCGAACCGCCCGAGGUGCAGCCGCUCGCCCUGGAUGAUGACGACCAACCCAGACUCAAAGUUUUAAUGGGAAAAUUAGAGUUCGAUUUGGGGCCAGUUGAAUACGACAACGAUUUGCACUCUCCGGUGCCUCUGGCCGCUCAGGUCGGACUGGCAGCGGGGGCAGCGGUGGUCGUCCUCAUCGUGUUGGUCAUUAUUCUCAUGUACAGGAGGAAGAGUAAACAGGCUUUGAGAGACUAUAAAAAGGUUCUCGUGCAGCUGGAGACUCUGGAAAUAAAUGUCGGAGAUCAAUGCAGAAAAGAGUUCACUGAUCUAAUGACAGAGAUGAUGGAUCUGAGCAGUGAUGUCGGCGGACCAGGCAUCCCAUUUCUGGAUUACCGCACAUACGCAGAGCGCGUUUUCUUCCCCGGCCAGAAGGGGGCGCCACUGAGUAAAAACCUGGACCUGCCUGACUCUCGCAGACAGACCGUACAGCAGGGACUGGGCCAGCUGAAUAACCUGCUUAACAACAGACUCUUCCUCAUACGGUUCAUUCACACGCUGGAAGCGCAGCAGAGUUUCUCCCAGAGGGACAGAGGUUACGUGGCAUCUCUUCUCACGAUGGCUCUCCAUGAUAAGUUGGAAUAUUUCACGGAUGUCAUGAAGACUCUUCUGGGAGAUCUGAUGCAGCAAUACGUGGCCAAGAAUCCAAAACUGAUGCUGCGCAGGACUGAGACGGUCGUGGAGAAGAUGCUCACCAACUGGAUGUCUAUCUGUCUGUACUCUUUUCUCAAGGAGGUUGCCGGCGAGCCUCUCUACAAGUUAUACAGAGCUAUUAAAUACCAGGUGGAUAAAGGACCCGUGGACGCAGUGACGGGCAAAGCCAAGCGCACGCUCAACGACAGCCAUCUGUUCAGAGAGGAUAUAGACUACUGCUCACUGACUCUGACAGUGCUGGUGAAGAGUGGUGUGGAGGUCCAGCCCUGCCCUGUGAAAGUACUGGACACUGACACCAUCACGCAGGUUAAAGAUAAAAUCUUGGACCAGAUUUAUAAAGGUGUUCCAUACUCCCAGAGACCAGCUGCUGACUCGUUGGAUCUCGAGUGGCGGUCAGGUCAAGCGGGUCACCUGACUCUUUCUGAUGAUGAUGUCACCGCCAUCGUUCAGGGUCGCUGGAAACGAAUUAACACUUUACAGCACUACAAGGUGCCUGACGAGGCCACGGUGGCUCUCAUCCCUCGUUCCCAGAGUUCUCUUGGAGUAAAGCAGGUCUAUCAGACAGGAGAGAAAACGCCUAUGCUGGAGGGCGAGGAAGAGGAGGGUCUUCGACUGUGGCAUCUAGUGAAGCCGAGCGAAGACCCCGAGAUCCCCAAACACAGGAAGAGUAGCAUGAGAGAGAGAGAGCGAGCAAAAGCCAUCCCUGAGAUCUACCUGACACGACUUCUUUCAAUGAAGGGCACUCUGCAGAAGUUUGUGGAUGACGUGUUCGUAGCCAUACUGAGCACAAAACGGCCUCCACCGAUUGCCGUCAGAUUCUUCUUUGACUUUCUGGACGACAUGGCAGAAAAACACGGUAUUGACGACCCAGAGACGGUGCACAUCUGGAAGACAAACAGUUUACCUCUGCGUUUCUGGGUGAACAUCUUAAAGAAUCCUCAGUUCGUCUUUGACGUGCAGGUGACAGAUAGCGUCGACGCUGUCCUCUCCGUUAUCGCGCAGACCUUCAUUGAUUCCUGCACUACAUCUGAGCACAAAGUGGGCCGGGAUUCGCCUGUAAAUAAGUUGUUGUACGCCAGAGAAAUUCCACGAUACAAGCAGCUAGUGGAGAGGUACUACGGUGAUAUUCACAACGCUGUGUCCGGUUGUUACCAAGAGAUGAACUCCACUCUCACAGAGCUGUCAGGGAGCUUUGCAUCAGAGAUGAACAGUUUGGUGGCUUUGCAUGAGCUGUACAAGUAUAUCAACAAAUAUUACGAUCAGAUCAUCAUGUCUCUGGAAGAGGAUGCAGCGGGGCAAAAGAUGCAGUUGGCUUAUCGGCUCCAGCAGGUCGCCGCCCUGGUGGAGAACAAAGUCACUGACCUUUAGGCCUUGACCUCUAGGCUCAUCAAUAUCCCAUCUAGGAAUCCAAUCAAUGCUUUUUCUUAAGUAUUGACUGAUCAUUCAACUGCAAACUCCUCCCUGCGUGCUUCCACAACAUCUCACAUUCUGCAAAUUCUUCAAAAGGGAACAGGAAGUGAUGUAAAUGUCACUUCCUUCUAAUUAAACUUUCAGAGAUGGAACGUUUUUUAGACUGGGGCUUUGGACUGCUGGAAGUAGUGUCAACUGAAUGAAAGUGUGUGUGUAAGUGCAUGUUUGUUAACGUGGUGUUUUUUCAGCUGAAAGGAGCUGGCGAAUAUGUGAAGUUUACUUGAUUCGAACUUUCUGACCCCAUGUUUAUUUUCAUAAUGCUACGGAGACAUUUUCUACCGUUCUUCUGUUCAAGCGAUCAAAUCCACGGCAUUGAUUUCACAGACUGCCACAUGAAGACCUCCGUUCAAGCGUUACAAUCAUGUCGGCCUUUGUUUAUUGGUUUUUCUGUGUUAAGUAUUUUGUUUCGGAAAUGUUCAUCUUAAUCCAUAUUCUUUCAUUUUCAAAUCUCAAGACUCAAAGAGUGUCCAUGGCCGUGCGGUAUUGACCUUUUAUACCUAACGUUUCACAUUAGUAUAGCAGAUCAAAGUACAAGUAUUAUAUCUGCAACUUUUACAUUGGAACAUUGUAGAGUUGUAAUGUCUUCGUGCGUAAGUGCCACGAGUUAAAAGAGCACAAAAGUUGUCUUGCACGCCGUUGUGUAGCUUUAUGUGUGCAUGCAAAAAAAUGACUGAUCACAAUUUUUGGUUUUCGGCGGUUGUUAGAAUCUCAAAUGUCUAGAUUUUCACACGCGGAGAUGAAAAUGCUUCAACAGUAUGACCUUUGGGACUGAAUUCUGGUUUGUAGCACUAUAUUUAUUCUCACAUCAGGGUGCCUGUUUCUAUACGGUUUCCCAAAUGGUCCAGGUCCUAUUUCACAGAAGAAAUUGUCUUUUGAAUUAAGAAAAGGGCAUUUUAAGAACCAUUUUUACUGAAAUCAAAGUAAUACUCAAAAUAAGCCUAAUUAUAUCCUAGAUAUAUUUUUCAUUUCUCUUGAUUUUGAAAUAUGACAGAGACAUGUUCUUGACAGGGUUUGUGAGAUUCUUGUAACGUCUGCUCGGUAUUCGAUUGCUAAAGAGAGAACGCUGCUGUAAGACACAAUGUCACGCAUUAUGUGACUCAAAUUAAAUUCAAAGACGCGCAGCUGGGAUGUGCAGAAAAUAUUGAAAGGAAACUGGGACAGUUUGUAUCGGUGGAUUUUAGGGUGAAAAGCGAAGAGAUCUUAAUUGCGUUUCGCCCCGUUUCAGUGAUUUGAAAAGCAGACUUGAGAGAUGUGUAUAUCGUACACUGAAUAGAUACUAACUUAUUAUAUUGUAAAUAUUGCUUAUUUAUACACCAAUGCCAAAUGUGCCUUCUUUGUUACGUUUUAUAAUGUCUGCCAAUUCAAGUACACAUGCUUGACAUUACUUGCCAAAUGGAGGAGUCGAUGAACUCUGUUGCCUGUAGAUUUGUGAAGAUCAGGGUCACAUCUGGAGAUGAAUUGUGCCGUGUUGGGCGAAAGCGCGUGUGUCUCAGGAUCACAGGGCCCAGAUUCAGGACAAAGCGCUCUUAUGUAGCCUGAUUCAUUUUUACUUCACCACACUGAUCUGUUCUCACCAUGACUUAUGUCAAAGGUGAUGACGAAGACGUAAAUUGUAAUUAUUUUAGCGUUGACAUUAAACUGUGUUUUGUGACUCUUUUCUGCUUGUUAAAUUUGCUCACGAAUUGUGUUUGCCCGAAGCACUUUGUGUUUACAUGUUGGCUGACCCAUAAUGUUUUUAUUUCAACAGCAGCGUCUUUAAUGUAAAAAAUGGGGGGAUGUUUUUUUCUCAUUUAUCUUUAAAAGGGUCUCCGCUAAACCCCUGAUUGUUACUUUAUACGGUUGAGAUGCUAUCCGGACAUUUAUAUCAAAUGUAUUUCUCUGAUCCUGCAUUUGUUUAUGCGAUUCUGAGCUUGUCAAGCUUCAUCAUACUAAUGUAUGCACGGGGUUGUGUUUUUAAAACGGUAAACAAUAACUCUAAGCGUAUUCAUUUGCUUAUCCUAUGUGUGUUUAUUGGCCUCUUGAUAUUUUGUUGAGGAUUAUGGACCGAUGCAUGCUUGAGAUUUGAUUGGAUUUUUUGAUUGACGUGGUUUACGGAAGGUUCGCUCCACAGUCUGCAUUAUGAGUGCAUGAGUCUCAUAAACACAAGUGUAGCCCUCCGUGUCUGUCUACGAAUGAGAUGCGUGUGUGUGUGCGUGCAUGUGAGUUUGUAAGUAUUAGUCGCGCUUUUGUAGAUGAUGGUGAGGUUUUGAAAUCUCCUGUUGUUACACUCAAUUCUCUGAGAGAAAGCAGAGGGACUGCUUAACCCAGCGAAGCAACGUUUUGUACAGACUACAACAAUUUACUGUUUGACCUGUCGUGUGAAGUACUGCUUUUUAUCUUUGCAGAUAUACAAUUAAGCCCAUUGUGUGAAGGAUCGUGGGUGUGAAUAAAGCACCGGGUUUUACACAACUUUUUAUACAAGGGUAAAAAAAUACUGUAUAUGAUCAUUUUCUAAUGAAGUUGGGCUUAAAAGAGAACUUGGACCCAAGACUUACUCUUUUGUAUUUGUAUUGUGUAUAGUUUGCUAACAAUUGUGUAUAUGUGAUUGUACAUAUUGUCAAGAGAACAUGUUCUUUUUCUGUCUUUUUUUCAAAUUGGAUAGAUUUACUCCCUUCGUUGAGGAGUAUUUGGGAGCCGAUUUGAAACGUUAAAAUGAGUGAAAUGAAAUUUGUAUCUGGAAAAAAUAAAGCUAUAAUUUUAACAAUGA